AUGGCAUACAGCAAAUCAGUGGGAGAGUACCAAAUGCGCAUGGAUGAGCUCAGAGCACACGGUCCAGCAGCACAUGCCGAUUUGCUAGCUAAGGAACCGAAGACUUGGUGUCUUGCUUUCUUCAGUAGAAAUGCAAGGUCUGCUAAUGUGUGCAACAGCUUGUCUGAAAGCUUCAAUAGGACAAUCAAAGGAGCAAAAGAGCUGCCUCUGAUAAAUAUGCUGGAGACAAUAAGGAGUCAGGCUAUGUCUCGUAUUGCACACAGGUUGAAGAAAGCUAAGGCAUGCAUAAUAGCUUUUCCACACAAGAUCAGCGAUAUAUUAGAAGCAAAUAGAGAGGAUAGCAAGGAUUUUUCUGUACUUACUAGUUCAGACAACUUGUUUGAGGUUUUGUUGUAUGGUUGCAGCUAUGAGGUAUCUCUUCGUCUUUGUCAUUGUGUUUGCAGAGAUUGGGACCUGACUGACAUUCCAUGUUCACACGUCAUAAGAGUCAUCAACGAAAACCACCAACAACCAGAAAACCAUGUUGAUAACUACUACAAGACUGAAGUUUGGAUAGCAACCUACCAAAAAAACAUAAAACCUGUUAAUAGAGAGCUAUAUUGGGAGAAGACUCACAAGGAACCAAUUGGAGUUCCCGGUUUCAGGAAGAUGCCAGGAAGACCUAAGAAAAAGAGGAUCAAAUCUGCACAUGAGUCUCCUUCCAAGCCAAACCGAGUCACCAGACAUGUCAGAAGAAUGACAUGUGGAAACUGCAAGCAGGUGGGACAUAACCAACUGGGUUGCAAAAAUCCAACUUUUGUGGUUCAAGGACCAACUCGCAAGCGUGGAAGACCUCGGAAGAUAGAUGAUGGUGUAUCUAAUCCUCGGCCAAGGAAAAAACACACCACUACUACACCUCAGUCACAGCCUUCUGUUCCACUAUCUACACCUCAAUCACAAUCCUCCACCGUGGCUCCCUCAACUGCACCUGCACCAGCAACAGCGGCUUCAUCUUCUUCUACAGCACCUCCUGGCCAUGGACGUGGCCGUCGUGGUUGA